AUGGCUGGUCCUAAGGUUUCGUCUUCUCUCAUCAAAAAGUUCGGUUCUAUGAAAGUCCAAGAUCAGGAACACUCUCUUGCACUGGCCCAAGUUGAUUUCAGUUCAUCACCGAUCGUUUCGUCCUGCAACGACCGGAUUCGUCCCUUCCUCAACGCGGUCGACCGGCUUCGGAACCUUGGGGUAAUGGAGGAAGGAAUUCAGCUCCCGACCAUCGUCGUCGUCGGAGACCAGUCCUCCGGAAAGUCGAGCGUGCUCGAAUCCCUCGCCGGAAUCAGCCUCCCUCGCGGCCAAGGAAUCUGCACCAGGGUCCCUCUCAUCAUGCGGCUCCAACACCACUCCAAUCCUCAACCGGAGCUCUUCUUGGAAUUCAACAGCAAAGUUGUCCCGACCGACGAAGAGAACAUCUCGGAGGCCAUAAACCAGGGCACUGAUGAGAUUGCAGGCAAUGGAAAAGGCAUAUCCAACACCCCUCUGACGCUUGUUGUGAAAAAGAAAGGCGUUCCUGAUUUGACAAUGGUUGAUCUCCCCGGAAUCACUAGAGUUCCGGUCCAUGGACAGCCUGAGAAUAUUUAUGAUCAGAUAAGGGAUAUUAUUAUGGAGUAUAUUGUCCCUCAGGAGAGUAUUAUACUCAAUGUUUUGUCUGCAACUGUAGAUUUUCCGACUUGUGAGUCGAUUCACAUGUCGCAGACGGUGGACAAGACCGGAGAGAGGACGCUCGCGGUGGUGACUAAGGCGGAUAAGGCCCCCGAAGGGCUUCUAGAGAAGGUAACGGCUGAUGAUGUUAACAUCGGACUUGGUUAUGUUUGUGUUAGGAACAGGGUCGGUGAUGAAUCCUAUGAGGAGGCAAGGAAAGAGGAGGCUCGGCUUUUCGGAGCUCAUCCUUUGCUUUCGAGGAUCGACAGAACGAUUGUCGGGAUUCCUGUUUUGGCCCAGAAGUUGGUGCAGAUUCAAGCUUCUAGUAUUGCUAGAAACCUGCCUGAGAUUGUGAAGAAGAUCAAUGACAAGUUGUCUUCAAAUCUCAAUGAGCUCAAUAAGUUGCCGAGGAACAUGUCCACGGUUGCUGAAGCCAUGACUGCUUUCAUGAGAAUUCUUGGGUGUGUGAAGGAAUCUCUGAGGAAACUUCUUCUGAGAGGGGAAUUCAAUGAGUAUCCUAACGAAAAGCGCAUGCAUUGCACGGCGAGAUUGGUUGAGAUGCUGAAUCAGUACUCGGAUGAGCUUCACAAGUGCGAGGAAAGCAAUCCCAUAAGGAACUUUCUGAUGGAGGAGAUCAGGAACUUGGAGGAGGCGAAAGAGAUUGCGCUGCCUAACUUCCUUCCUCGCUCGGCUUUUCUCUUUGUCCUGCAAGGAAAAGUUAAUGGAAUUUCAAGCAUUCCUAUAGGCUUUGUUGAGAGGCUGUGGGACUACAUUGGGGAGGUGGUGAUCACGGUUUUGAUGCAGCAUGUCGAGGACUAUUACCAGCUGCAGCUGUCCACAAGACGCUCUGGCCACAGCCUGAUCGCGAAGAUGAAAGAAAGAUCGAUUAAGUGGAUAAUGGAGGUGGUGGAGAUGGAAAAGCUGACUGAUUACACUUGUAACCCGGAGUUUUCCACAGAAUGGACUAGGCUGAUGACUCUGAAGGAUGGAUUCUUACACAGCGUCUUGCAUGAUGAGAACAGGCCGCCGAGGGUGAAUUUAGACGGCUUCGGAGAGAUCGAUGUGGAGCAUCUGAGGCAGCACCCGCAUCUUCUUCAUCAGGCUUUUGAUCUAAGGAUGAGGAUGAUUGCUUAUUGGAAGAUUGUGCUGCGAAGACUUGUUGAUUGCAUGGCUUUACAUUUGCAGCUGAGUGUUUUCAACCUUGUCAAUAAUGAUUUGGAGAUGGAGAUUGUCUCUGAUCUGAUGGCUCCUCAUGGUGGUGGCAUUGAGAGGCUGAUGGAGGAAUCGCCUUCCGUUGCAACAAAGCGGUCAAAACUGAGUGGAAGUGUCAAGAAGCUGCAGGAGUGCAAGAGUGUUUUGGCCAAUAUCAUGGACCGAGUCGCUUCUUGUGGUGAUUAGAAAGUGUUC